UCUGGAGAAAUCCGAUUUCUUAAAAUAGUUAGAGCUAAUAUUCAAUUUUUUUUUGGACAAUGUUAAUCUUUAAAUAUAGAACUUAAAUAUGUGUUUCUGGUAUUUCCAUAAGCAAAGUGAAAUAGGAACACCGAGCAGGUUUUUUUAAACUUACAAAAUGGCCGAAGACAUUGAUACUGAAUAUAGGAAACUUUUGCUACAGAAAAUUCGCACUGUUUUUGAAACCAAUGUUUCAGCUCUUCAUGUGCUCUUCGUGUUCCACAAGUAUGAUCCUAAUAUACUUACAAUGAAAGAUUUGGAUAUCGUUAAAAUAUGCUGUAAUCAUAAAGGCUAUAUUGAAGGAGCGAGCCUGCUGUUAAAGUAUCUCUCAAGGUAUGCAGGCUGGUUCAAAUGCCUUUUGUCAGUUCUACGAGAUCCAUCUGUAAAGCAAGCUUCUCUAGCUGAUCAAUUGCAAGCAAUGAAAGAUGAACUUGAUGAAGAGUUGAAGCGAAAAAAUGCAUUCCAAAGAGUAAUGAGAAGUGGGAAUGUGGUCAGACGUCAGAGAUUAGAAUGGACAAGAGAGCCGUUGUGAGACUUGGAGCAUCAACUGUUGAAAUGGACAGGUGUCAGCGUCUUCUGCUGUGGAUGUUAGCAAUUUAUGAUUGUAUAUAUAAAUAAAGUAUUUGUAGUAUGAGAUAAUAAUUGGGUCAAGGUAAAAGAGGAUUGAUGUUGAUUAAGGUGAUAACAGAUGUGUGACCAUGACAAUAAACAUAAAUGUUCAUCUUGGCUAUCAGGUCUUCUAACUCUGGCCUACUGUCGCCGCUACUUGUCUUCACGCUCCUACAGGGUUCACUGUUGCCGCCUAUGUCUUCGGGAUACUAAGGGGUUCACUAUCUAGCCAGUAACACAUGGAGCUCACUAUCUUCUCGUUGUCUCAAGAACAGUAGUCUACAUAAACUAUCUGGAAUGUUUUCCACUAACAGGAAUAAUUUCCACUAACAGGAAUGUUUUCCACUAACAGUAACGAACCUUCCACAACUGCCUGACCAGACAACCCAUCAAACAGAACUUACGCUGCUUCUCGCAUGCUGGCCUAUCCAUUGGUGCUGUUCCUUUCUACAGCUCUAGACGGAUAUAUUUCUCCAAUCACUUAGCCGGAAUCCACACUCUACUUUUCUCGUCUCAACAUCUGUUCAUCAUUUGGUGUUGAACAGUGCGAUGGUGUGCAGCAUUAGCGUCGGUGCAGGAGUAGAGUUACAAUAAUUUGUAUGUGUGUGUGUCUAUGUUGGACACGCACAUACCUCAUGACCUGGCUGAAAUAUGCCUGAUAAAACAUUCAUUCAGAAAUGUCUACUCAUAUUCUGUUUGACUGCCCCAGACUUGUUGAUCUCCGUCUCGACAGGUCUGGGAAACCAAAAAUUCUCGACCUGCAUGGCGACAUUUAUGCACUACGCAAGACAGCAGGGUUUCUGUCCAGGGCUUUUGCAAGAGAGGAUUUUGGCCUCUCAAGCCCUCACUCUAAUGGAGUUUGAUGAUGAUGAUGAUGAUGACGAUACAUUAGAAUAAAAAGCUUGUCGAUGUUUUAGGAAACGUCUAGGAACAACGCCAUUUUGUGUAUAAACGAUAACAUUAUAUAUAUGCAGGGAUGUUGUUCAUUGUUUGUUUUCACAAAGCCUAUAUGUCAACCCACUCUGUGGGUCUGUCUGGUAAAAAGUUUUGUUCACGUUAUUUCUCCCAGACCUAGUCUCAAGCUGAAAUUUUGCACAUUUUUUUUAAACAAAUAAAAGUUAGUACAAGAAUCGGAAAAAAAAAUCCUUUUAUCAAUAAAAUUUUCCCGAUAGUAUUUGUAUCAACACAUAUUUAAUUAAAAGUCAGUUAUUGUUCUGCUAUUCUCUUAUGUAAUGUUGAGUACUAUUUGUACAUAUCGUUUUGGUGAUGCCACAAAGAUAAAAUAAUUAAUGGUUGGUUGUGGAUGUAUGGGUUAAUUUUCUCUGUUUCUUUGUGUAAUUGUUAGUACUUCCUUGUUGUAAUGUUAUUAAAAUCGAUUUAUUAGUA